AUGACCUCCAGUUCCUCUUCUUUUGGACUGGGAGAGUCCCAAAGUAGAAGCACGCGCUCGUCUGCCUCGGCUGUUGCUACUGCUAGUGCCGGCGUCCCGGCUCCCUACGGGCGGGCCUGCACAAACUGCUCCAAGGCCAAGUGUCGAUGUGUCUACCGUGGCUCUGGCGCCGACACGGGCGCUUGUGAAAGGUGCCACCGCCUAGCCAAACAGUGUGUGCCGUCAGAGACGGUCCGCAAACGCACCCCCAGGCGCCACAUCGUCUCGCGCACAGCUCAGCUCGAGGAGAAGCUGGACGACCUCGUCUCGCUGCUAAAGACCCAGCGCCAGGCCAAGGAAGGCGCCGGCUCGGCCUCUACAAGAGAAGCCCCAUCUGCCCUGCCACAGGCCAGGCCAUCAUGCACCGCCAGGGGCCGUCUUCCCAGGUUCUCGGAUCAGAUAGCCCCCAAUAUCCCCUCUCCCCCAAGCUCACAUGAUGCCGAGCCGCGCCCUCUGCUGUCUGUGCAGCCCGACAAGGCCACGCCCUCCCCACAGCCGACCCCGACCCCUUCGUCGACCUCUCCCCCGGGCUCUGCCGACUUGGUCGAGGCCGAGCGGUCCCUCGAUGCCUUCCGCUCCCGCUUCAUCCGCUUCUUCCCCUUUAUGCACAUCCCCGUCUCCAUGACAGCACAGAACCUCUCGAGGAAACGCCCCCUGACCAUGCUGGCUAUUCGGUGCGUCACGUCGAGAUCGUACGAAAAGCAGCAGAAGCUCAGCGACGAGCUGCGGGAGUUGAUUUCAGACAAGGCAGUGGUCCACUACGAAAGCAGCCUCGACAUCUUGCUUGCUAUCCUGGCCUUUGCUGGCUGGGCACACUUCCACAAAAGAGACAGGCCAUACAUGACUCUCUUCACCCGCUUGGCCACUGCCCAGCUCAUCGAGCUAGGGCUGCACCGCCCGUUUGGGGAGCUGCCGGCCCCCCGCUUCUGGAAGGACUCGGAGGCCAAGAGCUUCAUGGCCGACCAGCUCAGAGGGGCGGGGCCGACCAACGAGGAGCGGCGCGCGGCCCUGGGGUGUUUCUGUCUUUGUGCAAUGACUUCGUCCACCAUGCGGCGGUUCGACCCCCUGAGGUGGACGCCGUUCAUGGAGGAAAUGCUACGAGAUCUGGAAAAGAACCCGGAAUGCGAGGGCGACAAGGUGCUCGUAGUCCAGGUAAAGGCAGAGCAGCUGGUCGAGCAGAUCCACAACGCGCGCCAAGGCUCGGAUGGGUCGAUAGCACGUCCAGGACUUUUCGAGAGCGCGUGCGGCAUCGAAGACCCGUCCAAGGGUUUGCCACACUAUGUUGUCAAGCUCUUCCGCUCCCGACUCAAGGACCUCAUAUCCAGUAUCCCCGAGGAGCUGCUGAAGCACGACGCCGUGGAGCCCAUGAUGCAUUCGCUGGAUCUCAUGGUCAACGAGUGCGCCGUCAACAAGUCACCUAGGAUGCUGCAGCCCCUCAACGUCGACAUGCCCGAUCCCAACCCGAGCUCACUGGCGGCCAACCCGCAGCAGCUCGAAUACUUGCACGGCUGCGUCGACGCCCUGGAGCGCUACUUUAGCCGCAUUUUUGCCAUGGCUGCCGUCUUCUACCACGGCUUCUCGUUCGCCAUGUGCACGCGCAUGACGCACGCGCUGGUCGCGCUGUUCCGCCUGACCGUCUACGACGAUCCGCUGUGGGACCGGGCUGCGCUCAGGCGCCGGCUCGACGUGCUCGCCAUGAUCGACGGCACCACGGCCAGGGUGAUGGAUCUCAAGAUGUCGGCCGGCCUGGACGAGGGUGAGGACGGGGAGAAGGCUGCCGAAGGCGCCAUGCCCACCAUCUUUUUGAAGUCGUGGACGUUCCUGGAGAGGAUGCGGGCGGGCUGGGAGGUCGAGAUCAAGAAUAUGGAUGCGGCAGCCCAGGGUGGCAUGGAUGCAGGCGAGGGCGUGUCCCCGUCGUCGUCCUCGCUAGCCACGUUGGGAGGGCCCGGGACCGGGGGCGUGGUAGCUGGCGGCGGCAACGUGGCACUGUUGGGCGGCCAGUUGCCGCCGCAGCUGAUGAUGGGCGGCAUGGACAUGCAGCAGCAGCAGCAGCCACAAGCUGGGCCAUAUGGCCAGUACGACCUGAACGGCACGCCCGUCUCUCUGGGCGUGGCAGGCCCGGUCGACCAGGCCUGGAUCUCGGACGUGUUUUACCCCUGGGACUACCAGACCAUGGCCAUGAACUGGGCCAACAUUUGA